UAUCCAUUCCUUCAUUAUUUCUGUGAUUUUAGCUUAUAAGCAGACUAUCCAAAUUCCAAAAACAUGGCCUCCUCAAAUCAAUUGAAAAACAGAGCCCAAAACUCAAAUUAUGACGAGAAUAAAUGGGUUAUGCGCAUCCUAAAAGUUCUUGAUCAGGAGUCCGAGGAGGAAGAGAUUGACCUGACCGUCACCAUUUUCGGGGUGCCCAAAACCCUUAUGGCGUAUCAUCCCGAGAGUUAUCUCCCACAAAGAGUAGCCAUAGGGCCCUACCACAAUACCCACCCGGAGCUCCAUGAAAUGGAGCGCCACAAGAUUGAUGCGGCCAAGAUUUUCCAGAAACAGCUCAAAACCAUAAAGCUGCACAGUCUGGUAGAGGAGCUGAUGAAAGUGGAGUCCAGGAUUAGGCUUUCCUAUGACAGAGAGCUGAUGAAUCUUAGGACGGAGACGCUGGCGUGGAUGAUGGCGGUGGACGCCUCGUUCUUGCUGGAGUUUCUCAAGGUUUAUGCGGUUAAAGAGGGGAAGCUUAAGGCGGCCAUGAUUUCGUCCAGGAUGUCGCAUUUGGUUGACCUGGCGGGGAAGAAAUCGUCGCAUAAUGCGUUGCUUAGAGAUAUUAUUAUGCUUGAGAAUCAAAUCCCAUUGUUUGUUCUUAGAAAAAUGCUGGAACCGCAGUGCCCAUCAAAGGAGGAGUCUGAUGAGUUGCUUCUCACUAUGUUAAUGGCGUUGUCCAAAGAUCUUUCCCCGUUCAAGAUGGCUCAUGAUUCCAAUUCCAAUUCCGCCGUUGUUCAAAUCGACGAGGCUACUCAUCUUCUGGGCUACCUGUUCGAGUCGAUUGUCCCGGAAAUGGAAGGCCGUGAGCACGUAGAGAUAGCCAUUGAUGGAUGUGAGAAGAAAGAUGGAGAAAAGGAGGAUUUCUUGAAGAAUUCAGGUUAUGUCAAGGCUGCUUUCAGCCAGGUCUGGGCUAUCCUUUCUAAGAUAAACAAAGGCCCCGCUAGAGCUUUAAAGAGACUAUCGUCUCUGGCUCCGGUGAAAACGGUGCUGUUAAUGCCGUGGAACGCCAUCACCAAGCUUCCGGGGAUAAACACCUUGAGGGCUCCGAUCGAGGGCGUGUUUUCCUUUUCCUGCUGCCGGAAACCGGAGGCCGGCGGCGAGAAAUCCGACGACUCAAAAGGCCACCCCGACAAGCCCCCAUCGAUCGAGCAAAUCACAAUCCCUUCCGUCACCCAGCUCGCCCACGCCGGCGUCCGUUUCGUCCCGACCAACAAAGGAAUCCUCAGCGUCGAAUUCGACCCCAAAACAGUCACGCUCUAUCUCCCCGUCGUCUGCCUCGACAUAAACUCCGAGGUGGUCCUGCGCAACCUCGUCGCGUACGAGGCCUGCAUCGCCAAAGGCCCAUUAGUCCUCGCGCGCUACACGGAGUUCAUGAACGGGAUCGUGGACACGGCCGAGGACGUCAAGUUUCUGAGAGAGAAAGGGAUCAUUUUGAACCACCUGAAGAGCGAUUGUGAGGUGGCGAAUUUGUGGAAUGGAAUGAACAGAUCUGUUAGGUUGACCAAAGUGGCGUUCUUGGAUAAAGUGAUUGACAAUGUGAACAAGUAUUACAGUUGCAGGUGGAAUGUGAAGACGAAGAGAUUCAUGAAGUCAUACAUAUUUGGUUCGUGGCAGUUCCUCACCAUCUUGGCUACUAUUGUGCUCUUGUCGCUGAUGUUCUUGCAGUCUUUCUGCUCUGUUUAUACUUGCUCUCGCUUUUUCAAUGAUGUUACCAUCACGGAUGCACACUAAAAGAAUUGAUCUUUCCUUGGCAAGAUGUUCAAAAGGAAAGUUUGGGGUUUUGAAGUUCUGCAACAGUUUUAGGAAUGUCCUUGUUCAUGUAAUUGUAAUUUGUAAAUGCAUGCUUAUUAGCUUCUGAGAUUUAUAAUAGUAGAACAAUAAUAUAAUUAGGGUUGGUUCAUCUAAUAGGUCGAAUCAUUAGUAUUGCUAUUUGUAGGCUUCCUCAUUUAAUGUUGGACAACUUCCUCAGUACGUGAUCUUAAUAUUGUUGUCUCCAUUUAAUGUAAUGUCCUUAUCAAUCACAGUACCGUGCUUUCAUCU